AGCAGUGCAGCCCCUGCUGCAGACAAGGUUGCCGUGGUCCAGGAUGGUGCUGCAGCUCGUGCUCCUUGCCGCCCUUGCCCUCUGCGGGCACUGCUCCAAACAGGAUCUUGAUGGGAUGCAACGGGUGGUCGGUGGGACAGAGGCACGCUCCCACGCCUGGCCCUCUCAGAUCUCCCUCCAGUAUUCCUCGAGUGGUGGCUGGUAUCACACCUGCGGAGGGACCCUCAUUCAGAGGAACUGGGUGAUGACAGCAGCCCACUGCGUGGAUCGUAAAUUGAACUUUCGUGUCGUGGCUGGCGAACACAACCUCAAUGCCAAUGAUGGCAGUGAGCAGAUCUUUGGUGUGAGCAAGAUCAUCAUCCAUCCCAAUUGGAACAGCAACAACCCUGCUGCGGGCUAUGACAUUGCCCUGCUCCGCCUGUCUGGCAAUGCCAACCUGAACAGCUACGUGAAGCUGGCAGCACUGCCCCGGGAGGGAACCAUCCUGCCCAACAACUAUGCCUGCUACAUUUCAGGCUGGGGUCUGACCCGCACCAACGGGCAGCUCUCCAGCACCCUGCUGCAGGCCUACCUGCCCGUGGUGGACUACCAGAUCUGUUCCAGCCCUUCCUACUGGGGCUCCACCGUCAAGAACACCAUGAUCUGUGCUGGCGGUGAUGGUGUACGCUCCGGCUGCCAGGGUGAUUCGGGUGGUCCCCUCCACUGUGCAGUGAACGGGCAGUACCAGGUCCAUGGUGUCACCAGCUUCGUGUCCAGUCAGGGCUGCAAUGUCAGGAACAAACCCACCGUCUUCACUCGUGUCUCUGCCUACAUCUCCUGGAUAUCCAAAGUGAUUGCACAGAACUGAGCAGUGGCAGGAGAAGUGUCCAGUCCCUGGCUUGGGCAGUAGACAUCAUCUUCUCUCUCAUUUUAAGUCACAGAGGUUCAAAACCCAGAGCUGGUGUCAAUAAACUCUGUGCUGCUCUCU